AGUGGUCUUUUAGUUCUAUGGAAACCGGCCCUCCUGCUGCCGGUCAGAGCCACAGGCGGACAGAUGGACAGUGGGGUGCAUUUGGAAACUUCAGAAUCCAGACCAGUCCUCUCUCCAACCCACAUCAAUGCUACAGCUUCUGAAACAUUCACAGCACUUAAGCAAAGGAUGAGGAUAGUUGAGGAACAGACCAGUUCUUUGAGGGAUGACCUAAUAAUGUUGGACUUUGGUGAAAAAAGAGACCAUUUUGAAACUCCAGAAUGUUUAUCAGCACCUGUGAAACAGAACAUCAUCAGUCCUGUCCAGGAUGAAGUAAUUUGUUCAGAAAAAAAAGAUCUUUUAUGGAAGAACUGUGAGUUUCUGAUAAAUCGCAUGUGCCAUCUGGAGAGCCUCAUCCAGUCCUUGAAGUUAAAUAUCUUUAGUCUGCAAACUGAAAAGGAUUUGAAUCCACAGAAAACAGCUUUUCUGAAGGACCGACUGAAUACAAUACAGGAGGAGCAUUCCAAGGACCUGAAGCUGUUGCAUCGUGAAGUGAUGAAUUUGCGCCAGCAACUCAGAGACAUAAAAGAGGAAGAAGGCAAGGCACAGGAUGAAGUGCAAAGGUUGACCACCACUCUGGAGAUCGCCUCAGAGACAAAGAAGAAUGCAGCCCUUAUUGAAGAAGAACUGAAGACCACAAAACUUAAAAUGAACCUUAAAAUUCAGGAGCUAAGGACGCAGCUGUCUCAGGAAAAGUACCUGAGGGAUUCUCUUGAAAAAUCUGGAUCAGCUAUGCUACUCAAAAUACAAGAAAUGGGGUCAACAGUAGAGGAGGAACGGAAACAGGUGCAAAUUUUGCAGCAAAACUGCACUGCCCUGCGCAGUUCUAUACAGAACACCCAAGAACUACUGGUACAGGAGCAACAAAAAAAAGGAGAGUUGGAGACUGCUAUCUCAAAGCUCCAGUCUGAUCUAAUUUCUAGAGAUGACCUCAUUUCCAAGUUGGUGGAAGAAAAUAAGAAUGUGCAGGUGUCUUUCAACAAGGAACAUGAAAAAAAUGCAUACUUGAGGUCUGAAAUAAUAUCCCUUCAUGAAGCAUCAGAAAAAGCACAGGUAGAGCAGAAGAAGAUUGCACACACAUUUCAAGAACAAAACUUACUGCUGGACGCAGCCCAUGCCAGUAUCACAAGUCAGCUGCAGAAUGUUCAGAAUGAGAAAACUCAACUCCAGACACAUCUGGACCACUUAAUCCUUGAGCAUAACCAGUGUAUCCAGAAAGCACAGGAUGCUGAAAGGAGGACAGCGGUCCAGAAAGAGCUGCUAGAAUCCACUAUUGCAAGGUUGCGAGGUGAAUUGGAAGCUUCAUCGCAAGAGAAGACAUCUCUGCUAGAAGAGAAGGAAAGACUUCAGAGAGAAGUUAAUAAAGCAGAGAAAGAAACAGCACAAGAAAAAUGCAAUUUUGAAAAGGAAUUAGCUAAAAACAAGGUAGACAUAAAUACAUUAACCCACAGCCUACAGUCUCUAGAGGAAAAGAAUAAGCAGCUGGCAGAUGAGUUGGCUUGCCUAGAACUUCAGCAAGACACAUCUGACUUCCAUGGGGCUGCUCAACAACAGGUGGAAAAGGUCUUGGGAAAAAUUACUGAGAGUAAAAAUAAGCUGGCCUAUGAAAAGGGAAAGCUCCAGAUAAAAGUUAAACAGCUAGAAGAACAGCUACAGUCUUUCACUGAAAUCCAUUCACAGAAUGAUCACCUACGAAAGUUGAAUAAGGCUCUAGAGGCCAAAUAUACUCAGGUAAAAUCCAUUCUGGAAAAGAAUGAAGAGGAGCUCUCACAAGCCAUGAAGUGUCGUGACGCAGCACUGAAAGAGAGUCAGAAGUUGAAAGGGGACCUGGAGGCUUUGGAGGACAGGGAGAACAAGAAGGUGGGAAACUUUCAGCGACAGUUGGCAGAAGCUAAGGAAGACAACUGCAAAGUCACAAUCAUGUUGGAGAACGUGCUGGCUUCUCACAGUAAGAUGCAAGGUGCUCUGGAAAAAGUGCAAAUAGAGCUUGGGCGGAGGGAUUCAGAGAUUGCAGGCCUCAAGAAAGAAAGGGCUCUGAAUCAGCAGAGAGUGCAGAAGCUGGAAGCAGAGGUGGACCAGUGGCAGGCCCGGAUGCUCGUCGUGGAUGCCCAGCACAGCAAUGAGAUGGAGCCUCUACAGAAAGCUCUAGAUGUAACCAGAGAAGACAACCGAAAACUGGCCAUGAGCCUGGAGCAAGCUCUCCAGACAAACAAUCAUCUGCAAACAAAGCUUGACCUUGUCCAGGAGAAACUGGACAAAAAAGAACUUGAGUUACAGAAUUUGGAAACCUUUAAAGAACAGAUGGCUGAGGAAUCUAAAAUGGAAGCACAGCUGCAUGCUGAACGUGUAGAAACUCUAAGGAAGCAGUUUCAAACAGAGAGAGACACUGCAAAAAAAGCGACACAACGGGAGGUAGCUGAGCUGAAGAAAGCCCUUGAUGAAGCCAAUUUCAGAUCAGUGGAAGUGUCCCGUACCAACCGAGAGCUGCGGCAGAAACUUACAGAGCUAGAAAAGCUACUGAACAGUAGCAAGGAGAAAAUAAAGAACCAAAAGGCGCAAAUCAAGCUCCACUUGUCGGCCAAGGCGAAUAAUGCUCAGAAUGUAGAGAGGAUGAAGCAAAUAGAAACAGAAUUGAGGCAGAUGGAGCUAAUUAAGGAUCAGUAUCAGAAAAAAAACUAUGAACAGUCGUUGAGUAUCCAGAGAUUUGUAUCUGAAAUGAAUAAUCUACAGAAAGAGAUGCAGAUGUUGGCCCGGAGCCAGUACGACACCUCAGCACGGAGCAAACAGCAAGAGCUGCGGCUGGAGACGGAGCGGAAAAUAAGGCAGGAGCUAGAGAAUCGGUGCCAGGAACUUGAAGAAACUGUCAGACACCUGAAGAAAUGUAAAGAGGCGACAGAGAGUAAACUGAAAGAAGCCAGUGUGGAAUCAGAACAGAUAACAGCUAACCUGGAAGAAGCUCACCGCUGGUUUAAGUGCAGGUUCGAUGGCCUACAACUUGAGCUGACAAAAAACCGGUUACAGAGGCUUCCCCGGGAGAGCAGGUGGCGGGAAGAGGACCAGGUGAAAAGGCGCAAUGUCAUGUCCAACCAGUCUGUUCUACAUCGGUGGGAGAGCAAACAGAACCUUAGAUUUGUGCCCAAGAAGUAUCCUGAUCUAGAGAGAAAGUGACAUCCGUGACAGAGGAAGAGCUGCGUUAGCAGCUACACCGGACGACCCCCUGAGCCCAGCAACCAGGGCUGGCCUGUUUCCACGGUCAUCGGAACACGAAGUCUUUGGUGUGGGCUGAAGAUUUCGGACCCGAGUUGAUCCUUUUAUGAAUUCUGAUAUCAAUAGAGAACCACCCUAUCUUUCUCUUUCCCUGUUUUCCACCCAAUAAAUUUAC